CUGACCUACCUGUACCUUACCUACCUUACCUAACUCUUGCAUCGACGUCGGCGACAUCGCAGCGCCAGGCCUGUUCAUAUUAUUUUCGCACGUGCCUGCUUGUCGGUCCUUACCGUUGUGGAACCUACUUACCUUACGAGGUAUAUCGUCCAGCACCCUGUCGUUCGUCAUUCCGUCGGGUGUUCCUGAGAGAUCACACCUUAGCUGCUUGGGAGCCCCGAGAGCUUCACAUACUACAUACCUUUUACUCCCUGGCCACCCGCGGGUCCACGACCUGACGACAACCAUCGCUUCCCCAUGGCAGACGUCAACGGCGCAAAGGUCAAUGGGGACAUGGAAGGCCCCGCCGCUGCCCAAACCCUAGGCACGAACAAUGAUGGAGAACAACCGCUUAGCAAUGGCGAGCAGCCUGUCGCACAAUCGGACUCGCAGCCUGCCAACACGCAGCCUACAGAAGCGCAGGGUGUGUCAGGAACAAGUACAGAGCAGAGAGGGGCAGGCGCCGUGCCAGCGAUAGACCAGCGCGCUGCUGCGUCCACGGAGCCAGACUCGCGGCCUGCUGUAUUGAUCAUCGGCGGUCUCGGAUAUGUUGGACGCUAUCUUGCUACUUACAUUCACUCCAACAAGCUCGCUUCGACUCUGCGGCUGGUUGAUAAACAGCUACCCCAAUUAGCAUCCCUCGCACCAGAACAUCAAGCAGCUUGCUCAGAGGCCAACUUCCUCCAAUCCGAUGCGUCACGGGUCCAAUCACAAGAUCGAAUAUUCAAUCUACCAGCAGGACCGGACGGCGCGAAACGAGAAUUUGACUAUGUCUUCAACUGUGGAGGUGAGACCAGGUUCUCGCAGGAAGAUGAGGUCUACAAACUUCGAAGCUAUCAGUUGAGCUUAACCGUGGGCAAAGAGGCGGCGAGAAGAGGCGUGAAAGCGUUUGUGGAGUGCAGCACUGGCACAGUAUACAACUCUAGCAAAACACCUCUGAAAGAGACGGACAAGACUAGCAAACCGCAUACGAAGCAGGCGAAGUGGAAACUACAGGCGGAAGAAGAGUUGGCCAAGAUUCCGGGUCUCAAGCUGAUAGUGCUACGAUUUCCCAACAUAUAUGGUCCAUAUGGCGGACGAGGUUGGCUAGGAACACAGCUCGCCCUUGCUAGAGUCUACCAGAGUCGCGAGAAGGAGACGAUGAAGUGGCUCUGGAACAGCGAGCUACGGACCAACACUCUACACGUUGAAGACGCCUCCCGCGCAUGCUGGCUCGCAGCCGACUGGCGCUCACGUAACGACUCGAUCCCUGGUACGCAAGGCGAUAGUCGAGGUACAAUGGUCUUCAACGUCGUAGAUAGGGGCCAGACGAAACAGGGCACCAUGGCGCAAAUCAUCAAAGACAUUUUUGGGAUUGAUACUGGCUUUCAGAAUGCUCUGGUGAACACAUUUGCCCGGCUGAACUUGGAGCAUGUGGUAGACGAUGUCAACGACGAUACUCUGGAUGACUGGGCGGACUUGCAGGAAGCUUCGGGCAUUGCUGAUAAGGGUGGUCCAUUGAGCCCAUUUAUGGAGAAGGAGAUACUGAGGGACGCAGAUCUGAGUAUCGAUGGUAGUCGUUUCGAGACAGUGGUCGGCUUCAGACCGCAACAUGAACGAAUCACCACGGAAGAGGUUGAAGCUGUUAUAGAAAGCUAUAAAAAGAUGGGAUGGUGGCCGUGACAUGCGCCGUGUGGCGGCAUUCGAUGGUUAGCGUACAUGAUUGUGAACGGCCGGUUGUGAUAUCCCCCCAAGGCUGCUUCUGUCUCUCUCUCUCUCUCUUUCUUCUUCGUACCUAGCAUAGCGUGAGAGAAUUGAAGUAAUGUGUGUACAGAGCCGGUAGAGCAAUCUGCUGAUGCUAUUACCGCGGCCCUUUCCCCCCUCCCUCCCUCUCUUCCUCUCUUCCUCUCUCCCUCCCC